AUGGCGAGCGAGUCAGGAUUCAAGUUCCUGGAUGGGGUGCGCCGGUGUAGCACAACUGGUGCUGUGGUGCACGGGAAACAGGUUCUGCGACCUGUCCGCUUCUUUGUGAGUGAUGCAGCUUUGCGCAUCGUGUCGGCCCUGCGAGUCCAUGUGGAGUCCCGCCUGGCCGAAUUGAAGAAUGACAAAGAGGCCCGGGUGGUGAACGUCUUGGAGACACGGGUCGUGAAGGAGGACUUGAGCUGCCCCAAAAACUUUGAAGUCAUGAAGGCCUAUGCUGCUCACCUCUUCCGUGGGGUGAAUGAACGGAAAGAUCUUAUUUCCUGCAAAGAGCACCGGGCUGCCCUUUGCUACUUAGCUUUGGCGUACAACUUUGUGACUGUUGGCAAGCAGCCGGGCGCAAAGGCUGCCUUUAAAGAGUGGGGCGAUCUUCAGGGAACUCGCCUCCGCUGGCUCGCCUCCUAUGUUGUGCACAGUGUCAAUCGCACUGCAUUCGCAAGGACAGAGGAACUUUGCAUCCUGAAAGGCAUCUACAUGGCAGUGAAUGAUCGCCCCAUGCCCGAGAGACCACAGCGAAAGUUGUCGGACUCUAGCAUGAGCUCAGAGGUGAUCGAUGAAGACGCUGACGAUGAUGAGCAGCCGAGCACAUUUGGAGAUGACAUCUUCGAAAUUUUCUCAGAUGAGGAAGAUGCUGAAGUUCUUGAGCUUGCAUGCAGCACAUCUAGGUUGCAUGUUUUGGGGGUUGUUGAAGGUGAUCCAAACAGUGCUAGAUUCAUCCGGUGA